UUACUUCGUUUGGACAACCUAGGCAAAUACGGUUGCGGGAUCCUCGCUUCACUGCCUCACUUUUUCGCAGUGGAGUUUGAGUUUAAAUGCUUUACUCAUGAAGGUACAAGUACUGUACCUACAUGUCGACAUUGGCAUAGGUACGACCUCGUCAUUGCCAAUAAAAUUUCUGCUUGUGGAGUUGUUUCGGUUCCUUAUCAUAAUAAUACCGGUCGACAUAAACAGCGCCGGUUGUGAUGGCGUGUGGUGCAGUGCUGUUUGCCCGACUACUGGACAAAGCCGGGAUCAUUCUAAAUCUAAAUUAGGGGCCAGAAUCUGGCACAUUAUUUUGGAAUAUCAAUACUGUCAGGCAGUUUAAUGGAAUUAACACACGUUGCACUCAUUCAGUAUCAUAAAUAAUUACGAAGGUUUGGCUUCUCGGAUUUUUGUUAUGAUUUUGUAACAUGGCUAUAGCAGGAGGAGUGCUGGAUUUUCAGCUGGAUAGUGCUCGAGAGCGCUCAGCCAGUGAACAGCUACAAAAUCACCAUGACGGCAAUGUGGAGGAAAAUGUCGGACUUUUAUUUGCUCCAUUUUCCCUUGCCAGAAACGUGUUGAAGGGGCAACUUGUUAGCGACACGGAACGACCGUUUAUACAACUGGGAAAAGAAGCGGCUAUCGAGGCGGCAGUAAAUGCCGUGUUCGAUAAAUGGAAUCUGAAGAGUCCCGAUAUAAUCAUAUCGUUUGUUGGAGGAACCCGUUUCUUCAAAGCAUGGAACAAGGAGGAUCAUCGCGCUGCACUACAAAAUGGGAUUGUCAAGUUGGUAAAUACCGCCAAUGUCUGGAUUAUGACCAACGGACUACACUACGGCAUAGCCAAACUGAUUGGGGAUGCCAUACGCAAUGAGCACCGACAUCGGGAAUCCAAGCAGAAACACGAAGUGUAUACCAAAGCCCACCUAAAUAAAAAGAAAACCGAUCUGGUCCUUAUGGGAAUCGUGCCGGCUCCAUUACUGAAAGACCCGGAUGUCUUCGCUGCUGUUCAGGGUGGACGAAUUAAAAUGAGUCGUCCUAGUGAAAAGCACAAUCGGCAGCAGUAUGAUAUGGAUGCUUAUCAUACACACUUUUUUAUCCUAAAACGCUCCUAUAAAGCUGCCGCGUUAUUCCGAGUGCAACUGGAAAAGGAGUUGGCGAGAGAAUCUGGACUGCGGACCAAAGACAAAGUCUUCAUUCCAGAAUAUUAUCAGAGCGAUUCCGACGACGAACAAAGCCCCAUUGCGGAUAGCCCGCGCUCGACGGUUGCUCACCAGCAGAUUCCCGUAGUAGCGGUACUGGUCCAGGGCGGACCGGUGGAGUUGGAUCAUGUGCUUACGUAUCUAAAAAACAAUGUUCCCGUUAUUAUUAUCAAAGGCACCGGGUUCAUUGCUGAUAUUUUGGCGGCCACAUUUGAAGAUUACCAUUACGAACAUGGACGCAAUAUUCUCGAGUUGAACUUCCUGCGACCGGAAGUGAGCAGACGAAUCAACCGGUCAUUCCCAAUCAGUCUGCUUGAGCACGAAUCUGAGCGCAUCAGCAUGCGAGAUAAGAUUCUGGAUUGUGUGGCUCUGGGAUGUCCCGGUAGUGGGGGUGUACUGUUGACAGUGUUGUCUUCCAAUGAAGACUUAAGCAACCUGGAUGAUCAUAUCCUUACGGCGGUUUUCGAAGGUCGACCCCAAUUGACGAGUUCCAAUGUGCGAGAGCAGAUUCGCUCGGAUUUAGUUUUGACCAUGCAGUUCAAUAAACCUUUCCUUGCCGAAUCGAAAGUUAUGGGAAGGGACGAAUGGCACAGCUUAAAAAUCGAUAAUGAUCUCUACGAAAAAAGCUUACUAUGGAAAAAUCGCGAGCGCUUCUUGGAACAUUUUAUGGAACAAGAUUUUGCCAUUCAUAAAUACUUAAGCCAUUCCAAACUUUUGCAUCUUUUUCGCCGGGCAGAGGAUGCCGAGUUUUUUGUUACGGUUGUUUGGGAGCAGCUUUUAGCGCGAAUCACCGAUGAUGUUAUGAAGGAGUCCUUCGUUACAAAGGAUUUAAAUCUAAUUAUCGAAGAGUUAACGGGGAUUAAGAAUUUCCUAAGCAUGGCGGAAUUAUCGAGGAAUGCCAUGGGAAUUAUGGUGGAGAAUGACAUUGUCGCCGAGCGAAAGGCCACCAAUGCGCUUCUCGUAUGGGCUGUUCUGAUGAAUCGCUCGGAAAUUGCCAAAAGUCUGUGGCGUUUUUGUGAUGACCCUAUCCCAUUGGCUCUGUUUCUUAGCGCCUUAUUCCGUAAUCUGCGGGAAUUCUGUCCGGAAUCGGAAACCGCCGUGAAGUUGCGAGAUCAGAGCCGGGCCUUCAGUCAGAUGGCCACCGAUGUGCUGGACAUAAGCUAUCGUGAAUCCAAUGCACGGGCUUUUGAGCUGCUCAACCAGAAAUUUCCAGAUUUCAAUGACAAAACACCCCUUAAGCUGGCAUACGAUUGUGAAAAUCGCUACUUUCUUGCUCACGAAUCCUGUCAGAAAUGGCUAACGCACAUCUGGGAAGGAGGAAUCGAGGUUGCCGGAUCACUUGAAGGUCACAUAUUUGGACUUCCAGAUAGCGUAAAGCUGAUAUUGUCCGCACUGUUUUUAUUUCCAAUACCAUUUUGGAUACAGUAUCCACGGAAGAAUUUCGAGAAACAGUACAGCAUGGAUCAUAAUAGUACGAAUCAUUUUCAUCGCUCAGAUGAAAUUAUCCGCACCGACUCUGUCGAGAAUGUGCAUGAUCCUUAUGAAGUGAAUAUCCAUAAUCGAGAAGUUACCGCCAGGAGAAUUAAACAACUGGAACUUAUUGAAGCUGGUCAGCGAGGAGGAACAACUAUACCGGCAAAUCGUCGGCAGUCCGCCGUGCCGUCAGCCAGUUCCAGUGCCCUUUACAUAAGAAAAGAAUUACCGUUCUACCGAAAAGUCGUGUAUUUAUGGACAGCACCCAGAACCAAAUUCUGGAUGUUUCAGCUAAUGUAUUGGGCCUAUCUGGCGUUGUAUUCCAUAACAAUCCUAAUGCCGACCUGUGAAAGCAUGACUAUGGAUAUUGUUGUAAUAUCUUGGACAUUUCUUAUGGUCAUCGAAAUGGUUCUACGGACGAUCUAUCAAGUGAGGCGGGAUUUUCCGGUAGACCUUUUUGAAAGAUUUGCGGAAAUCUUGAUAUUAUCAACAUUUGUGAUACUGGCGUUCUUCUUGCGCAUUGUCGGCAUACAUUUUGGAUUAGUGCGGCCAUUUUAUAGUCGCUCACUAAUGUCCAUCGGGCUUUUAUACAUGUAUUAUAGGAUGAUAGCAGUAUUCUUUCCCAUGCAUCCCACGUUAGGACCAAUGUUGUACAGAAUUAAAAGGAUGCUGGCGGUGGAUUUUGUCAAUUUUCUCAAACUUGUCUUUCCGUUUCUGUUAGCCAAUAUGUUCGUGCUGCAAGCGGUAAUGUAUCCGGAUUUUCCAUUUACUUCCGAAACCUGGCGGCGCGGUUUCUUCCGCGCCUUUUUCACAUUAUUCACGGCUUUCCUAAACGAAAUCGAUUACAAUGAGCGAUGUGAACACGAUCGGAUUGUUAACCAUACAAGUUACUGUUGGACUGGAGAUUACACCCAUCACGAAUGUCCGACAAUUAGUUGGACUAGUUAUAUCAUCAACAUCCAGUAUAUGGUCAUCCUGAAAUUAAUCCUCGUGACCCUGUUAUACGCCUUGUUUUCUGGUACACUGAUGAAAGUGAAGGAAGAGGCGGACUACAUUUGGAAAUUCCAGCGUUACGGUAUUAUCCUGGAUUUCGCAUCGCGGCCGGCAUUGCCACCACCUUUUUCCGUGUUGAGUUAUGCGUUCAGCUUUUUUGUAAUGUGCUGCGGGAAGAUAAAGGGCAUGAACGAUGAGCGCGUCCGCGGCCUGACAAAGCGUCGCGAUAUUCGCCUGAAGCAUCAGAAAAGCCAUAAAAAUUCCGAAACAACGUACAACUACUGGAUGGGACUAACUAAGGAAUACUACAGAGUUAAAGCGCAAGAAGAAAAGGAUAAACGAAUUAGCAAAGAUCAGUUCAAAAUAACAGAACAAAUCCUGGAAGCCCAAGCCUCAAUGAAAAGCAAUCAGAUCCGAUUUCGAGAUCGUCUCAAGGAACUGGAGAAGAAAACCGAUGAUAAUCGACUUUAUCUGGAAGAUAUUCGGCAGACCGUGGAACGUAUUGAUACUGAUUCCGGCGCUAAAGAUUCCACAAUGCAUCGUCUAAGUCGGGCAUCACCUUAUCCAGGAACAAAUGUGCACCGCUUUAAUGUUUUCAACAAAUUUAUACCGUGGGAGGUGCCAUAUGAUAUGUAUGACCCGGCGGAUUAUUCCAGACCUAUGGAAGAAUUUCCAGUUCCAGAGCAGAAUUAUGUUGAUCCCAAAAUUAAUUCCAAAGUGGAAUACAAUACAGACAAUAUUGUCCCUAAUAACAUUUUGGAUUUGGAUGAAGAUUUUGUGCAUCCACUGACGGAACCAUCCCGACUGUUCUGCUGGAACGAUACAGCCAUGGUGGACGGCGUUUGUAUUGACCGUCGAAGCUGGAUUAAAGCACCAUCUGGACGGUCUGGAUACCAACUGAACGACCUUGGUCUACCACAAAAUCCUUUAGGGCGAACAGGGUUAAGCGGAAGGGGCAAUUUGCACCGAUUUGGUCCCAACCACUAUGUACAACUAAUCGUAACACGAGGGAUGGCCGAUAACAUGCAAGUAAUCCUGAGGAAGACGUACAGUGCGGGAGGGGAUAGUGGACGAUUUCCAAAGACGCCGGCAUUCUCUUCAGAGAAUAAUCUGCUCAAAAUUGUGGCUCAUGCAUUGGCCAGUUUCUUUGAUGAUUAUGAAAGUAUAACAAUUCCAGAAGUGCAGGAAAUCAGCGUAUUGCCAAAGAUGCUAGAGCUGAUCGCUUUCCAUAAACAUACUUCUGGGAAUCUGCUGGAUCUGCACGAACUUGAGCGGGGAUAUCUGGACGAUACGGAGAAUACGGAUAAUGCUUGGAUUGAGGCAGCUACUUGGCACAUUCAGCUACGAUCGUACAGAGAAUUUGAUCGCCGUUUGAAACCUGAUCUUGCGUGGGAAGAUGCUGUUGAAGGGCCUAUCGGCAGGAUAUUACGGCGCUUAAGCGUUCGAACUUGAAUAACUAUAAGUACUUCUUAAAGGUCACAAUGCACGCAAACAAUAACAAUACUUACUUUGAAUGCUACUAAGCCAUGGUGCAAAACGGGAUACUGCGAUGUUGAUAAAAAAACGAGAAAAUUGUGAAGGUGUAAGAUGAAAGAAACUACGUAACACAUAUGUAUACAUUUUAUGUCAAUAAAACAAU